CUCUCUCUCCCCAAACUUGCAGCUUCCUCUCUCCUCUCACAUUUUCUAUCAUCUGCAGAAUUUCGCCGGAAAAUGAUCUCGCCUUCCUCUCGUGAUCCGAUCUCACUAUAAUCGGAAGCAUCCAGCGCCUAUAAUUGACCAUUCCUUUUAUGAAUAUAUGCGUAUUUUUUAGGGGAUAACUGGUUUUAAUUUAAUGGAGGACGAUUAUUACCUGAGCGGCAACAGCGACGAUGAUGUUGGAUCUUAUCCAUCCGAUAAGGAGGAGGAAUCGCUCGACGGACUCGAGAACAACGAUUGCGAUGAUGCUCAAUGGAUAUCAUCCAAAGCCCCUUCAUGCAAGGUGAUUACAAGAGAGUCUCUUUUGGCUGCACAGAAAGAAGAUUUGGGGAGAGUGAUGGACUUGUUCUCAGUGAGAGAACACCAUGCCAGGACCCUACUCAUUCAUUUCCGAUGGGAUGUUGAGAAAGUGAUUGCAGUUUAUGUUGAGAAGGGAAAAUUUGGUAUUUUUGCUGAAGCAGGGGUAACCUUGGCCGAAUUUGUCGACCUAGACCCAGAUGAGGAUACAUCUACAGUAAGGUGCCAUAUAUGUAUGGAUGAUGUGCCUGCAAAAGAUGUUACCCUAAUGGACUGUGGCCAUUGCUUUUGCAACGAUUGUUGGACAGGGCAUUUUAUUGUGAAAAUUAAUGAGGGUCAAAGCAAGCGGAUGAGGUGCAUGGCUCAUAAGUGCAAUGCUAUUUGCGAUGAAGCUAUUGUUAGAAGGUUAGUUAGUGCACAACAUCCAGAUCUCGCAGAGAAGUUUGACCGCUAUCUUCUUGAGUCGUACAUUGAAGACAACAGAAUGGUCAAAUGGUGUCCGAGUACACCCCAUUGUGGGAACGCAAUAAGAGUUGAUAAUGAUGAAUUCUGUGAAGUUGAGUGUUCUUGUGGUAUGCAGUUUUGUUUCAGUUGUGCAUCAGAGGCACAUUCCCCCUGUUCAUGCUUGAUGUGGAAGCUUUGGAGUAAAAAAUGCCGGGAUGAAUCCGAGACAGUGAACUGGAUUACUGUACAUACAAAGCCUUGUCCCAAGUGUCACAAACCUGUUGAGAAGAAUGGUGGUUGCAAUUUAGUUAGCUGUGUAUGCGGACAGGCAUUUUGCUGGUUGUGUGGUGGUGCUACUGGACGAGACCAUACCUGGUCCAGUAUUGCUAAUCAUAGCUGUGGUCGAUACAAAGAAGACGGCAAGAAGAAAGCUGAGCGUGCAAAGAGAGACCUAUAUAGAUACAUGCAUUAUCAUAAUCGUUAUAAGGCUCAUACUGAUUCCUUUAAGCAGGAAUCUCGGAUGAGGGAGACUGUAAAGGAAAAGGUGUCGCAUUUGGAAGGCCGAGAUUUAAAGUUAAAGGAAUUUAGUUGGGUAACUAAUGGACUCUAUAGGCUCUUCAGAUCACGACGAAGCCUUUCUUAUUCAUAUCCAUUUGCUUUCUACAUGUUUGGAGAUGACUUGUUUAAAGAUGAGAUGACAGAAAAGCAAAGGGAAAUCAAACAGAAUUUAUUUGAGGACCAACAACAGCAACUGGAGUCAAACAUUGAAAAACUAUCCAAAUUUCUUGAGGAGCCAUUUGCUGAGUAUCCUGAGGAGCAAGUCAUGCAGAUAAGGAUGCAUGUCAUUAAUCUCUGUGUUGUCAUUGACAGCCUAUGCAAAAAAAUGUAUGAUUGCAUCGAGAAUGAGUUAUUGGGUUCACUUGAAUUUAGCAUUCAUAGUAUAGCGCCUUAUCAUUCAAACGGCAUUGAGAAGGCUGAAGAGCUGAUUGUCGGAUGGAAUACUCAAGCCAGCGGUAAUAGUAAAUGUCAGAAAGAAGCCGACCGAUCUAAUGGACGCCCAGCAGGAGUAGACCAAGCAUCAACAUCUGGGACUUCCGAUGAGAGUCUAAAGUCCCGGAAGCGUCCCAGAAAAGAAAGUUCUGCAGACAAACUGUUUGAUCUCAACCUACCCGCGGAUGCUCAUUAAGUGGAUCCUCAGACUUACUUUUUUGUCCUGGCCCUAGCGGGAACAGCGUAGUAUAUGACAUGGAUUAUCAUUUCGUUACUUUAUUGAUCUCCGUAGAUUAUAUUUAUGAUGGUAGGAGAAGAUUAUUUAAACUUAUGUAUAGCUAGUGUGGUGUUGUGUGGGCUCUCGACAUUGGUGAAUAACUGUGUAUAUUGCUGAUAGAGAGGAGUCCAUAUGCUGCAGCAUGUACAAUGUGGUCAUGUGGAGGCGGAGAUUGAAAUACUUAAGUAGUAGUAAUAUCUAAGCUGUAGAUAUUAUCCAACCAUCAUUUCGGUUUUAGCUUUUCUGGAUAUUGAUGAAUUAUUCAAUUCAUGUUUCUCUGUUUC